AUGGCCGUCACGACCGAGAUCAGAAAGCGCGCCGAGGCUAUCUUGAGCAGCAGCUCCGGUGUCAACUGCAAGCUGUCCGGCUUGAAUGCCCUCUUCCUCGGGCAUGGUUUGGCACGGUACGAGACAGUGCUGCCAGACAAGUUUUUGGUCCACCCUUGCAAUCGUGGAGGCAGCAUGGUUUCUGGGCACGAUGUUAGCAGCAAAGGCGAGCAGCUUUUGAAACAGGGAGUUCGCAUCGACUUGCUGGAGGCCUCUUCGGUUGCGAUCAGCCUCUCGAAGGACAAGACUCAGAGAGCAGCACAGAUCCAGGCGAACCAGAAGAUUGCCGAGAACUUUUCCAACUUGGCCGAGCCCAAUGGCAAGGAGACCUACCUGACACUUGGUUGCAGUCACUCCACGGCAUUCCUGAAGAGCAUCAUGGCUGGGAAGGUGCCCAAUCAGCACUGCAAGCUGGAAGGCCACCCCGUUCAGAAGUGCACGACCAUCGGAUGGAGGUGGUUGAUUCUCGAGGAUGUCGUGGCAGAAGAAUGGCCGGAGCUGCCAUUGACAUAUGCCAGCAGCCUGAACAGCUCGAAUGCUGUCAAGGUCGACACGACCGAGCUGCAGACCCUGGCGACCCUGGCCAGGUUCCUGUCCCACGGCAUGACAGUAGCCGACGCCAAGGUUCGGUGUCUGGAAUCGCAGCCGGGGUGCAUCGAGUACUUCGACACUGUUGUCCAUUUUGGGACAGAGUUCUGUGGAGGCAAGUCUAUGCCACUAGCUGGUUUCCUGACAUCCUUUUGCCAGACCUACGGCGAGUCUGUCAUGCUUGGGUCGGAGUUCAUGAAGCAUGUCACCUAUGUGGACUACAAAGUUCCGGGCAAUGUCUUUGUGUUUUGGCGGAUCGCGUGUGUAGCCACACAGGUUACUUCCCCGAGGGUUGUGGACAAGGUUGCCCGCCUCUUGACCAAGAGCGACCUGGACAAGUUCAAACGGAACACUUCGUCUCUGCUUGAGGUGGAAGAGUUGCUGAGUCAAGGCUGGGAAACCCUGAAAGUCUCAUCGUUGUCGCAGGAUGCGAAGCACAAGGCCUUCGGUCGCUAUUGUGUGCGGUUGGUUCUUUGGGUGACCGACAAGCAGAAGCAAGGUCGUGAAGCCCGAACUUGGGAGUCUGCCUCAGAGAUCACGGCACAGUUUGGCCAGGACCUCCUUCCGGGGAGCGAGCAUUCCACGGCAGCCACAGCAGCCAAGAGCAGUGAAAGCUCAGAGCCUCGCUUCCGGGACUUGCUGGGUGCCUCGAAGUCGGAGGUCGUCUUGCUUCAGAACCGGCACUUGAAGGCUGGCUCUGUCUACACGAACUCCAAGCAUGGGAGUUCCUUGUUUCGUCUGGAGAAGUUAGAUGAGGAGAAGGCAACCUUCGUUUGCUCACCCGUGAUGCAGGAUUCCUGGUCUGUCGAAGUGCCCUUGCAGGAGGACCUUGCCUCGUGGAAGAUCACCAGAAAAGAGCUCCCUGAGGUCCUCGAUGUUGCUGUUGCUUUGAAGCAUGGCAUCUCCCGGAGUACCUGGGUGCAAGAGUCCAUCGACAAAGCCCAAUCGCAGGUGGAUCUCUUCCAUGGCUGCCAGGCCUGCGAGCAGAUGAUCGACCAGAUUCGUUUCGUGUCCGGUCAGGGUUUGUGUGCUGCUGCUGACUUGCCAGCAGCAACCCUUGUGUUGCCGUGCUAUGGUUCCUUGUAUGUGAUCGACAAGCAGGUCACCUCCCUGACCUUUCGCUCCUUUGGCAUCUCUGCCAUGAAGGCGCCAGCCGACUGGACCAAGCUCGAUUCCAAGUCGGUGCUCGUGCCGUUUUGGCACGUCAAAGCGACUGCCGACCAUGAGUAUGUCAACAUGACCCUGCUGAAAAAGAAGCCUGGGCAAGACCUGAUCCCGUGCUAUGUGAACAGCAAGGCCUUGAAGAAAGGCGACUUUCUUUUCUGUGCAAGUGAGGCCCUGCUGUCGAAGCGAAAGGCCGGUGGAGUUUCUUCCACUGCAGCUCCUGUGAAACGAUAUCGUGACAAGCAGCUGCAGGUGUGA